GUUGGAUUUUGAUGAAUGGGUAAAAGGUGAUAACACAAGAAAUGUCAUCCAUAGUGGCUGCUUCAAGUGAUAAACUGAAGAUUCUGUGUAUCCAUGGUUACCGCCAGAAUGCCAAAAUCUUCAGGGAGAGGACAGGAGCACUCAGAAAAAUCAUAAAGAAGUACACAGAACUGGAGUUCAUCUCUGCCCCAAAUAAAGUGCAGCCGAGUGAAGGAGAAGAAGAUCUUGACCAGCGUGGGUGGUGGUUCUCAACAAAAGAGAGUACUUUCAAGGCAAGCCAGACAUCUGACGUCAACCCUGGUCUUGAAGAAUCACUCACUGUAGUAGCACAGACAAUCAAAGAGCUUGGACCAUUUGAUGGAAUUUUAGCCUUUAGUCAAGGAGCUGCUUUUGCCGCUAUUCUUUGUGCCUUACAGAGUCAGGGAGAUACCAGAUUCCCGGUUAACUUUGUCAUCUUGGUUGCUGGUUUCCGUAGCUUGAGUUCCUGUCAUGCUUCUUACUAUGUGAAUCCUAUUAGCAUCCCAACAUUACAUGUAUUUGGAGACACGGAUGGUGUCAUUCCAAAAGAGUCAAGUGAAAGUUUACUUGAAUUGUUCACUAAUUCUCAAGUCUUGAACCAUCCAGGAGGUCAUUUUUUACCAGCAUCUUCCCCUCAGAAGAAGAUAUACUUGGAAUUUCUUGAGUAUUGGUUUACAAAGAAACAGCAAGAAAGUACAAACUUGAAGACACAACGACCUUGACUGCAUAGUUAAAGAUC